AAUGGGACAAAACCAGGGCAAGGAGGGGGAGCUAGGGCAGGACAACAGCUCUGCAGAACCAGAGGAAAAGGGACCAAGCCCAGAGCCUGGGGGGCCAACAGAGGAAGGAAAUCCAAGCAUUGAGACUUGUGGUGUCAAAGUAGAUGAAGAGAAAGCAGUCAAUGGAAGGUUGGAUGAAAGCCCAGGAAGGGAGUCAACAUCACCUACACUGGAUCAGGGUUUGGAUUCUCAUGAUAAGGUGUGUGCUCCCACGGAUAGGGGACUGGUGGAGGGAGGCAAUGGAGAGAAAAAGGGAGAAAGAGAGAGUAGUGAGGAAGGCAGGGCUGAACCACUGGCUCCACAACAGCUGAAUGGAAUCAGACGGUCUGAUAGCUGCACGCAAGGCAAAUGGGAGGCCACAAACAGUGAACCUGCUCACAAGAGAGAGGAUAUGGAAAAAGCAGAAGCGGCCGAAACAACAGACUUGGAGAGUAAACUAGAAGACCAUCUAGAACACAAUCGAGUCAGACAGCAUCAGGAAAACUCUGGGUGUAACCUUCCUGGUACAGACAAGGUUGAAUAUGCUCACGAAGGAGAAAACAGUGGUAAUCAGGACAUACGCACAUCAAAUAUAAAAGACAAAAUGGAAUCUGUCUAUGGAGAUGAAAACAUGUUAAGAAGCCAAGAAGAGGACAGAGGACUAGAGGCAGAUGUUCCAAAUGUUCCAAACAUGAAUACCAGCAGGAUUCUAAAAGCUGCCUCUGAUAAUGGUCUAACAAAAACAGGGCCUGUUGUGGUGACCACUGAGAUGAUGAAGAGGAAGGAUAUUUCAACACCAAUGGAUCCUGAAGAUACCUCACCUGCUACAGACAGACUAGCCAACUCAAAAGUCCACUUCCUGGCUAAAGAGAAAGUUUUUGUUUCCCCAACUACUGGUGAUAAUGUUAAGUUGAAGACCAGCACAAUAAAAUCACAAGGCGAGAGGCUGAUGAUUGAACCCAGCACGUCAAGCCCUCCGAUGAACUCGCCAACUGAGACAUCAAAGGACAUUUCUGAAGUAAAUCAGAAAGUCAAAGACAUAAAACAGGAGAACCCACCAGAUAAUCCAGAUAAGGAUGUAACAGAAACCCAAAACACUGAACAUUCCUUCUCCCCGAAGAACGUUGAAACCCAGGGGCAUACAAUGACGGAUGUAUGCAGAGUGAGACAAAACACGCUUCAGCCAACAGAUGAGACCAGAUUUACUAGUUCAUUGUGGGCAGGUGCAGAAUUAAUAAACAAAGCUGUGAGUCUGGAACAAGUACAGACCCCAGAGGACCUUAGGCCCUUAGAAGUGGCAUCCAAGUCACCUCAGGGCCACAUCGAGAGCCAUCAGCAAAUAUCUGCAUGCAAAUUCAGACAGGAUGAGCAUCAAAAAGAAAUGCAAUUUGAUGUGUCAGACUUGGAGAGUGUUUCGACAAAGGAGCCUUCACUGGAGAGAUCACCUGCUGGAGGUCAAAAAAAUAAAGAUGGCAUGAGAGAGACUGAAGAAAUAGAUAAUCUGGAGUCUGCUUCAAAGGGUCUGCAUUGUUCCCAAGCAAUGAAAACCGAGAUUAAAGACCUUUCUCUGCGUGGAACAAAAACGGAAGAGGGUUAUUAUGUGACAUCUAAUAUUGCCAGUGUAAUUAUACUGGGUAAAAACAAACCCUUGCAACAAAGCUAUGAAGAUGAGAAACAUAUUACAUCCUCUGAAGACAUUAUGGAUUCUCACCCCCCUUCUAAAUCUAACAUUCAAGCUACUCAAAAAAAUGAAAUGGAGGAUUCCCCUCUUUUAGAGAAAGCCAAAGUACACACAGAAAAGUGUCUAGAAUGUUUUCUGGCUGUAAUGAAUUCACAGCCAGAGAUACAAACCUUUCAAGAGACAGUGAAAGAUGCUGCACAUAAAAUGGAUCCAGAACUUAUCUCUUCUCUUAGUGCAGUGAUUGAUGUAGAUGGUACAACUGAUCAGCAGAGAUUAGACACCAACAAGGUCUCUGUCAACAUGACGUCAUCAGAGAGAUUCAAUCCCAGCCAGACUAAUCAGAAUGUCAGCAACUCAAACACAGAUAAGCAGAAGGAAACAUCUUCAACCAGUUCCAUCUCUGAGCACAUAGCUGGUCCUGAGGCAGCUUCAGGUCUCAAAGAGGACAGGCCAAGAGUCACGCCACCUUUUUCAAGUGUGGACAAGAAGACUAAAGUUGGUCUGUCUGGUUCCCUUCAACUUUUACCAAAUGAGUCAACUCAUUCCAUAGUAAUCCUGACAGACGUAUCUGAUCAAGUCCAGGAUAUAUGCGAUGCAGGAGUUGCAUUGCCACAAAGCAAAACAAACACAUCUGCUUCACAAGAUGUGCAUCAUUCUGCCUCCAUGUGCAACCAAAUAAGUAUGAAAGCUAAUGGGAAACACAAUAAAGAGCAGAUCAAGCUGUCAACACAAGCACAUUUACAUGUGCUCACCUCUAACACUGAGGAGAAACAUUCAAACCAGCUUAACAUAAAACACGCAACAGAGGGCGGCUCUAACAUCUUGACCACAGAUAGUGCUGCAAAGAGCAUGGAAACACAACAAGGGGCACAGAAACGACAUGUUUCAGAUAUGAUAAAGGAAACUAUUGAAUUGCAGAAGAGGAUGAAGGAGUGGACCAAGCCAUUGGAGGCCCAGGUUAACCUGACCUUAGAUCCAACACAGUCUGUCAAAGUAUCGCAGAUGAAAGCAACGUUUGAUCCACCAAAGAAAUCACCUGACAAAGCACUAGAGAGAAAAACGUCAGUGAGAAAAGAUAUGUUCAGACGGGUUGUGCGACAGAGUAAAUUCCGGCAUGUGUUCGGCCAGGCGGUGAAGAAUGACCAGUGCUACGAUGACAUCAGGGUGUCUCGGGUCACAUGGGACAGCGCCUUCUGUGCAGUCAACCCCAAAUUCGUUGCCAUAAUCGUGGAAGCCAGUGGAGGUGGCGCGUUCAUGGUUUUGCCUCUUCAUAAGUUCUAUCACAGCGAGGGACAGGGUGAGGACAGCAGCCAGGCAGGCAUUUCAGAUGAGCAGUCGGGCCGUAUAGAUAAGGCAUACCCUACAGUAUGUGGCCACACUGGUCCUGUUUUGGACAUUGACUGGUGCCCUCACAAUGACCAGGUCAUCGCUAGUGGAUCAGAAGACUGCACCGUGAUGGUGUGGCAGAUCCCAGAGAAUGGUUUGGUGACCUCCAUGUCAGAGCCAGUGGUGGUACUGGAGGGUCAUUCUAAAAGAGUGGGCAUUGUUACCUGGCAUCCCACUGCCCGCAACAUCCUCCUCAGUGCAGGUUGUGAUAAUGUGAUUAUAAUCUGGAAUGUGGGUACGGGAGAGGCCAUAAUCACUCUGGAUGAUAUGCACCCUGACAUCAUCUUCAGCGUGUGCUGGAACCGCAAUGGCAGUCUCAUCUGCACCGCUUGCAAGGACAAGAAAGUCAGAGUCAUUGACCCACGCAAGGAGGAAAUCAUUGGUGAGAAGGACAAAGCGCAUGAGGGUGCCAGGCCCAUCAGGGCCAUUUUCCUAUCUGACGGCAAAGUGUUCACCACUGGUUUUAGCCGCAUGAGUGAGAGACAACUCGCACUCUGGGAUCCGGAAAAUAUGGAGGAAGCAAUCUCUGUGCAUGAGAUGGACACCAGUAAUGGAGUCCUCCUGCCUUUCUAUGACCCCGAUACUAACGUGGUCUAUCUGUGUGGAAAGGGUGACAGCAGUAUCCGUUAUUUUGAGAUCACGGACGAGGCUCCAUUCGUCCAUUACCUCAACACCUUCACCACCAAGGAGCCCCAGAGGGGCAUGGGAUACAUGCCCAAGAGAGGGCUCGACGUCAACAAGUGUGAGAUUGCAAGGUUUUACAAAUUGCAUGAGAGAAAGUGUGAGCCUAUCAUCAUGACCGUUCCAAGAAAAUCGGACCUGUUCCAGGAUGACCUGUACCCUGACACGGCGGGGCCAGAGGCUCCACUGGAGGCAGAGGAUUGGAUUGAAGGGAAGAAUGGAGACCCCAUCCUGAUAUCCCUGAAACAUGGAUACAUUCCAGGCAAGAACCGUGACCUCAAAGUGGUCAAGAAGAACAUUCUAGACAACAAGAUGACCAAGAACACAGAGCAUACCACCCAUGCCAACAAGACUGCCACCUCUACACCAUCUAUUAAAAGUGAAGCUAAGAUGGACGAGGUGUUGAAAGAAAUCAAAUCUCUCAGAGAGCUGGUCAGCAGUCAGGAAAAAAGAAUUGCCAAACUUGAGGAGCAGUUGUCUAAAAUGGACAUCUAAAGGACCCUGCAAUCCCCUCCCCCUUCUAUUCAGGAUAUCCCUUUGGCCAGGUGGGCGGGACCCGUCACUGCCAAUCACCAUGACAGCGUUCCAUCUGAUGCCUGCCUUUUGCAAAGACUUUAACUGACAUUCCAAGAUGAAUAGUUAUUCCCUUUGCAAUCCCCCGAAUCUGUUUACAUCUAAUAGCCAUUUGAUGAAACACCUCCGUUUUAGCUUUUACUCUGUCUCACUCCGAAUCUUUCUGUAACCUUUGUUUUAUCUGGUGUUCUUGAAUGGUCUUAAGAUUUUGUUUUGUUUUUCUUAUUAAAAAUUGUGAACAAGAAGAUUGCGUGAUGAAGCAGUUACAUGAAUUUGAUGAGCUCAAAGUUUGAAGUAGCCAUCAGUAUUGCAAUGCUCACUCUCGCCCUUCUGUGUUGCCAAAUUUGUAAAGGAGUUGUUGUUCACACCUCCCUGACAGUAUUUCACUAGCUUUUCAUUUUUGAUUUAUCUGAACAUUGUACUUAUAAGGGACAAAGCAAUAUGCUAGUAAUGCAAGGAGGGGAAAUCAGUGGAACCAUUCUUCUGUUAUUCAUGUCAUUCUAGAGAAUACAAAAUAAAAAAAUAAAGAUUUUAACCAACCUGGAAAACAUGUAGAGCUGACAAGGUUUACAAACCAGUACUGAAAAACAUUACAGGUGCACUAAAAAAAAGUUCCACAAAGUUUUUGUGAUUCAGGUACCCAUGUUAAAAUGUUAAAGAAAUAGUUUACUCAAAAAUGAAAAUUCUGUCAUCGUUUACCCUGGAACUCAAAUGGAGAUGUUGGGCAGUAUGUUAGUCUUUAUCACCAUUCACUUCCAUUGAAUCUUUUUCCAUACAGUGAAAGUGAAUGGUGACAUAGGAAAAUAUUCUGCCUAACAUCUUUUUUGUAUUCCAAGAAGGAAAGAAAGUAUCAUGGGUUUGAAAUACCAUGAUUGGUGAGAAAAUGAUGACAGAAUAUUCAUUUUUAGGUGAACUAUACCUUUAAGAUAUUAGUAGACAAAGGAAUCAAAACAUUUGGUUCUGGUUGUUGCCAUGAAAA